AGCACUCAAGCGAGACUAUUUUUUCAAAUUGGUUCCGCUAGCUGGAACCAUGUACCUUCCGAUUCGCUUGCAUUUGUUGGAGUUGGGCGAGUCCAUGGAAUCCAUGUCACUCUUUGUCCCUCUUUGCCAUGAUUUGAUGAUCGUUUCUAUUGCUUUGCAGCUGAUGCUGAUUGCAUUGCUGCUACUGUACAAAUUGUGGAGAGCAUUUCUCUAUUGGCGCCAAGGAGUCACGUUUUCAGCGACCCUGGUGCCGACUUUGGAACAGCUGGUUCCACUGCCUCACCCAAACCCUGUGUUGCUUUGGGCUGUGGAGUGGGAUUUAGACAUUCGAACAAUGGUGGAGGACCUGAAGAAUGAAGGGCCCUCGGCGGCGGAACGCUAUUGCCAGAAUGAGGCCUUUAUGCUGAAGCUGAGGAAAAUUGUUCGGAACGUCGUGUCGCAGAACGAAAUGAUGCGCAUAACUCAAGAGGUGAGGAUGAAGCAAGAAGUGGAGAAGUUUCACACCGGUUUUCAGAAAUCUGCUGAAGAGGAGGCGGAGGAUUUGAGGGCUUUUGAGGCCAUGAUGAACCAGAUCCAAGGGCCACCAGGGGCACCAAAUGAGACCGUCGAAGGCAAUGCCGCUGUGGCGCACCAAUGGCAACAAAAAACAGCUGCAGCGCUUGAGGAAAAUGAUGCAAAAGCGUUGCAGGAGAUGCUGGCUGUGAUGAACCGAAAACCUGGCGAGGAAAAUGGCGCGGCAGCAGCAGCAGCAGCACCUGUGCUGCCAGUGCCUACAGAGCCGACCGAAGAACCCGCGAUUGCAGCAGAACUUGAGGAUGAAGAUGCAAAAGCGUUGCGGGAGAUGAUGGCCGAGGUAAAUGGUGCAUCAGAACCAGUAGCAGCACCAGCGCCAGCGCCGACGCCAGCAGUGGCAAUGGGUCAACCAGCCAUUGCAGCGUCAGAACUUGAAGAAGAGGACGCGAAAGCAUUGCAGGAGAUGCUGUUGGUGAUGAACCGAAAGCCGCAUGAGGCAAAUGGAGCGACUGCACCGGCACCGGCACCAGCACCAGUACCACCAGUCCCACCAGUGCCUCCAGUGCCCACAGAAUCCGCGCAUGCAGCGUCAGUCCUUGAGGAAGAUGACGCAAAAGCGUUGCAGGAAAUGAUGGCAGUGAUGAACAGAAAACCGUUUGAGGCAAAUGGUGCGUCAGUACCAGCGCCUGCGACUGCAGUGCCAAUGAGUCAGUCAGCGACUGCAGUGCCAGCCUUUGACGAAGAUGAUGCGAAAGCGUUGCAGGAGAUGACAGCGGUGAUGAGCCGACAGCCGCAUGAGGCAAACGACGCGCCAGCGCCAGAGCCAAUGCAGCCAACUGCAGCGUCAGUCCUUGGAGAUGACGCAAGAGCAUUGCAGAUGAUGUCGUUGAGCCGAACACCCCUUGAGGUCCGGGAGGAAGCUGUGUCUGAGCAAAGUGACGACACUGCUGAUCUUUGGGCCCAGAUGGAGGAAUUGGAAGACCAGGGUGCCACCCUGGAAGAGCAAGCUCGCAAGUUUGUCUCUUUGUGCAUGCCCAAAGGAAAAACUUCAUCUCGUGAUGAGAAGGAAGCCAGCGCACACUUUUUCAUUGGCGAGGCAUUUGAUGAUGCCGAGGAGGAGCAGUUCGACAGCUUCUGGCUUGCCCUGGACGAGGAUCUCUGCCGUGGUGCGGAGAUGGAGCCGCAGGUGCAGAAGCUGCUGGACUGCUUCAAGGGGCCGAAAAGGCCAACGAGGCGAGUGAGCGCCCACCAGCAUUUCUACAUUGGCGACGAGGCCGAAGUCUUCGAAGGCAAUGCGCAGCAAGGCACCGCGCAGCAGUUUUACAUUGGAGAUGAGGACGUGCCUGAGAUGAGCUUGCCUUGACGCACAGAACAGCUGGAAAACUGGAGACUUUGGAGAGGAUGGAG